UUCAGGGACUUGCUAAAUUGCCAAGGCUGACUUUGAACUGUUGGUCCCCCUUCCUCAGCCUUCUGAGCUGCUGGGAUUACAGUCCUGUGCCGCUGGGCUGGGCCCACACUCUUGCUUUUUUAAAAAAAGUUUACAUGUGGCCCUGCCUAGCUUAAGUCAAUAGGACUGUUAUAUUCUCAGCAAUAGCCCAUUACCUGCAGAAGAACUAAUAGACCCAGAAAGGACAAAAAGAAGAAUACAAGUUACCCUGAAGUCCCUGAAGGGACAUUUUGACCUUUAUACCAACCAAAGAUUCUGGGUCAGAAAGAGACAGGAUUUCAUAGGUUCUGACUCCUUCCUAGUCACUGGAACCUUCCUUAUCACAUCAUAAGGGAGCAAGACUUCCUAGGGUAGACAACUGCAUCUUCCCAAUUUCAGAGUGGGGGUGGUGUCCAAAUUCAGCGAGUUUCAACCCCCUUAAGAAUCCCGGACUUUGUGAAAAAUAUGCUUUUUUGUCCAGAGACAGUUCAGGUCACUCCACGGCCACACUGUACUCAUCUCUCUUAUUUCAUUUUCCCAGAUAAACUACUUGUCGAUCUGUAUAACCCACCCAAAACCUUUGUGUGAGUUUGUAAAGAACCAGCUGUCUUUAGGACCCAACAUCUGCCUUGAGGCCCUGCAAGCCACUUUUGGCUGCAGCUCUGAGGGCGGCAGACAUGCUACAAUGUUCGGUGUCUCCACCAAUUACUUUACUGAUUAACUCCUAUUAUUUUUUCUGGUUAUUUUUUUAGAUCUGCCUUUUCUAAACUCUUUUUCAACAACUUGGCCUGUGAUAAUUAAAAAUUUCUGGUCAGGGCACACUGUGAUGAAAUUGGAAGGUCUUGAUUGGAAUCCAUUUACCCACAGCCCUUUAUGGGGUAAGAGCCUGAGGCUUACAUUUUUGGUCUUUUUGGUGGACAGACAUUGUCUUAUGGCAGUUGAAGGCUUCCGGCCAGGUUACUCUGACAUGCCUGAAGGCUGGCAAUUAUAAGUCCCUGAACACCCAUGCCCUUUAGGGUAAAAAGACCACUUAGUCUUCCUUUUGCCCUCUCAUCUUUACCUCUGGACCAGCAGAACAUCAUGGGACCUCACUCAGGGUUCAAAUCAAUGGGAACUCUAAUGCACAUUAAAGAGAAGCCCUGCCCGCCAUGGAGGUGGAGGCUGCAGAACCCCGAUCCCCAGCCCCAGGCUACAAGCGCUCUGGCCGUCGCUAUAAGUGCCUGUCCUGUACCAAGACAUUUCCAAAUGCUCCCAGGGCAGCACGCCAUGCUGCCACACAUACACCUGCAGACUGCCCAGAGGAAGUGGCCGAGGUGAAGCCAAAGCCAGAGUCAGAACCCAAGGCAGAGGAAGCCAGCGGAGACAAGGUGUCAGGCUCAGCCGCUAAGCCUCGGCCCUAUGCAUGCCCGCUGUGCCCCAAGGCCUAUAAGACUGCACCAGAGCUGCGCAGCCACAGUCGAAGCCACACGGGCGAGAAGCCCUUCCCGUGCCCAGAGUGUGGCCGCCGCUUCAUGCAGCCCGUGUGCCUGCGGGUGCACCUAGCCUCACAUGCUGGUGAGCUGCCCUUCCGGUGUGCACACUGCCCCAAGGCUUAUGGGGCUCUGUCCAAGCUGAAGAUCCACCAGCGCGGUCACACGGGAGAGCGGCCCUAUGCUUGCGCCGACUGUGGCAAGAGUUUCGCGGACCCUUCGGUGUUCCGCAAGCACCGGCGCACGCACGCUGGGCUUCGACCUUACGGCUGUGAGCGCUGUGGGAAGGCCUACGCUGAGCUCAAGGACCUCCGCAACCACGAGCGGUCCCACACUGGUGAACGACCCUUCCUGUGCUCUGAGUGCGGGAAGAGCUUUUCCCGCUCAUCUUCUCUCACCUGCCACCAGCGUAUUCAUGCAGCACAAAAGCCCUAUCGCUGCCCGGCCUGUGGUAAGGGCUUCACACAGCUCAGCUCCUACCAGAGCCAUGAGCGCACUCACUCUGGUGAGAAGCCCUUCCUCUGCCCACGUUGUGGCCGCAUGUUCUCUGACCCCUCGAGCUUCCGGCGCCACCAGCGGGCUCAUGAGGGUGUGAAGCCUUACCGCUGCGAGAAGUGUGGCAAGGACUUCCGGCAGCCGGCAGACCUGGCCAUGCACCGGCGGGUGCACACAGGCGAUCGACCCUUCAAGUGCCUGCAAUGCGACAAGACAUUUGUGGCAUCUUGGGACCUCAAGCGGCACGCUUUGGUGCACUCUGGCCAGCGGCCCUUCCGCUGUGAGGAGUGUGGGCGAGCCUUUGCUGAGCGUGCCAGUCUCACCAAGCACAGCCGUGUGCACUCUGGUGAGCGCCCUUUCCACUGUAAUGCCUGCGGAAAAUCCUUUGUGGUAUCAUCAAGCCUCAGGAAGCACGAACGGACCCAUCGAAGCAGUGAGGCUUCUGGGGCUACUCCCCAACAGGAGCUGGUAGUGGGACUGGCGCUGCCUGUUGGCGUUGCUAGUGAAGGCUCUGCUGCCCCAGUAGCAGGUACAGGGCUAGGGGACCCUCCAGCAGGACUGCUAGGGCUGCCCCCAGAGUCAGGUGGUGUGAUGGCCACACAGUGGCAAGUGGUUGGCAUGACUGUGGAGCAUGUGGAGUGCCGGGAUGCUGGUGCUGGGGAGGCUCCCGGUUCCUUGGGAGGGACGGGAGAGGUGGGAGGUGAGGAAGUUGAUGAGAAGCCACCACAGUUUGUAUGUAGAGAGUGCAAGGAGACCUUCACCACCCUGACAUUACUACGAAGGCAUGAGCGGUCACACCCAGAACUCCGGCCCUUCCCUUGCACCCAAUGUGGCAAGGGCUUCUCAGACAGGGCUGGGCUGCGCAAGCACAGUCGCACCCACAGCUCUGUGCGCCCCUAUGCCUGCCCCCACUGUCCCAAGGCUUUCUUGAGUGCCAGUGACCUACGCAAGCAUGAACGCACCCACCCUGUACCCAUGGGAACCCCCACACCCUUGGAACCCCUUGUGGCUUUGCUAGGAAUGCCUGAAGAGGGGCCAGCCUGAAACUGGUGGCUCUCUCUACCACAUUCCCUGGAGCUCAGCCCGGACAGGGUGCCUCCUGAACCGAUUUGCACCCAGCUCACUCCAUAGACUCCAGAUCCCUGCCCCUAGGCAACUAGCUCACCUGUUACCUAAGAGAGCUGGGGAUAGUGGAGACCAGCAGCAUCUGUGACAGGGUUCUCUCUGAGUAACACUCAUUAAAGCAUUCACUUUGACACUGGGUUGUCUUCUGUGUUCUGGUUGGGGGUGAGUGGUUUGGGAGUUUGGGCACCAGAUAAGAUCCAGUGAUGAAGCCUGGUCUGACAGAUUAGAAACUAAAAGGGCCUUUGGAUGCCUCAUAUCCUAAAGUAUGUUUGGGGAUGUAUUAUGACAAAGGAUUCCCUGGCCAAGUACCUACAGGAAAUUUCCUGUGCCUUUUUUGGGUAUCCUUGGUUAUUAAAAAUUGUAUUAGAUUUGUGGGGGAAGGGGGGUAUUAGGGAUUGAACCCAGGGGUACUCUACCACUGAGAUCCUCAAACUUUUUAUUUUUUAAUUUUAUUUUUAUUUUUAUUUUUUUAAUUUUUUUGAGACAGGGUUUUGCUAAGUUGCUGAGACUGGUCUUGAACUUGAGAUUCUCCUGCUGCAGCCUCCCAAGAAACUAGAAUACAGGAAUGUGCCCCCAUACCCAGAUGAUUAAGUUUUAUUAAAAGGCAUUAAAUAUUGCAAUGAGUAAAUCUAUUUAGCUUUGUUUAUCCAAUAUUUAUGACCAUGAAACUGAGUAGUUCUCUUAUCCUUUUAUAGAUAAUAAACUGAGGCAAAUAUUAUGUUAGAAAGUAUACUUGGAGGAAAAAAGGGUUUCCAUUCACAACAAAACCCAUAAACUACAAAGGAAUAAAUCUCACAAGAAAUGUUCAGAACCUAUAAAAGAAAAUGAUAUAUCUGGCCUAAAGGACAAAAUUUAAGUAAAUGGGUACAUACUAUGUACCUGAAUGAACAAAGUCAUUAUUAAAAGAUGUUAAUUCUGGGGGCUGGGGUUGUAGCUUAGUGGUAGAGCGCUUGCCUUGCAUACGUGAGGCCCUGGGUUUGAUCCUCAGUACUACGUAAAUAAAUAAAAAGUUAAAAAAAAAAAA